AUGCACAGGACUUUGUUGAUCUCCGUAAUUUUUCUCACCUUGUCCGGCCUUGUAUCGUGUACAGAGUACAAUGUGGGCGCGAUUUGGCUGAUGAAUCUGCGUAAACAUACAAGUUCGGAUAGGCUUACUUUCACAAAAACUAUAUUUGGUCGCCGGUUUGCACGCGGUUUUCCAAAAUAUCCCUUGGCAUCUCACAUUUUGCCUGCCAUCCAAAUAGACACUAAAAACCAAAGUUUUGAGCCUGAAUUCGACAACAUCGUAAAGAAAUCGAGGACAGCGGAGGAUGCUUUCAACAAAUUCAAAUAUCUGUUGCAUCGAAUGUUUUGCACCCGACUCAACCGGUGGCGAUGUUGCGACCGAUAUGUUGAUCCAAGUUGUACUUCUCCGCCAAAAGAAAUCAAAAGAAUUAUGCAGGGAUUGAUUGAUCCGCAUUUUACUUUCUCCAUGUUUUUCCUCUACAAUUGGUGUUUAAAGAAAUGGACUUACAAAAAACACGGAACCCUAUCUGAAACGGAUUUCGCCCAGACAAAGCGAUCAUGUCCUGAUCCGUGUCUGGGCAACCCUUGCAUGCGUCUGCGCUGGUCACAGCCGUCUUCCUGGAUGGGAACCCCGAGACGGGCCACAUCAAUGGCUAGAGACAUUGUCAGACAUGGCCCAGUCGCGCCAUCAAUGGCCUUCGCGCAUCCAUGCUAUUGCCUUCAAUGCAUAGCUCCUUUUCCAACCCUCCCCACCCCACUUGACAGCCCACUGACAGUGCUGGAUUUAUGCACCAAUUUAUCAGCUCCCGCCUGCAAUGCGCAGCUAACUCCCCCUCCCCCCGAAUCAUCGUUGAACGAAACUGCGGCAGCUACAACCGCUAUACGGCGACCUUCAGUGACUGCUGCUUAUUUUGGUACUUUUCAGAAUGACUAUAAAUGUGAAUGCGAUGAUCAUGCUUUGUGGGACGCGAAUGUACUGACUUGCCGACUGGUGAAUCCCUGUCUUCGCAAGAAUCCAGCACCUUGUCUACCAGAAAACACACUGAGGUGCAUUGCAAAAGAUGAUUACAACGUUAUAUGCAUCUGCAAAGAUGGCUUUAUGGGAAAAGACUGUUCUGUGAAGCGUAAUGCUUGUAUCGAGCGCGUAAACAAGUCAUUACCUAAUGGAAAUGAAAACUGUCAGGUAAAUUUGGGCAACGAGUGCAAUCCGGUUAUCGGAGAAGACACUUACAGCUGCACCUGCAGGUACGGAUACAUUACCUCAUUGGAUAUGGGAGAAGACAACUGUCUACUGCCUUUGAACCCUUGUUAUGGUUAUGCGAUGCCGAGUCAAUUCGAGUCGUCAAAACAACAGACAGGAAAGCUGCCCGCAAUCAGGAAACGGGGCAUAACCUGUCUCAAUGGAGGAAAAUGUUUGACAUCAGUUGACCUUACACGUGCCGUUUGUGUUUGUCCGGUCACCUAUGGUAUCGGUGCAUUAUUCACAGGUGUAAAUUGUGAGGACCCAGUAGGAACGUGGUCAACAUGGACCGACACCUCCCCUUGCUCACCUGCUGACUGCUCUACCACGCGUUAUCGAUGGAGAAGGCGGGUGUGCCUGGACAGUGAAGGAGCCGAAGUCGGAACCCCCAGUGCCAGUCGGAAGCUCCGAAAACCGGCCGUCUGCUUUGGAGCAUCGGAGGAAGAAACUACUCACAAGGUUGCUGAAAACUUAUUGACGGCCCACGACCGGUUUCGCCCUUCUUGGGGCUCACCAGGUAGACGGGAUCCCCGAGUUUCCGUUAAACUUAUGUUCUGCCUGAACCUAAAUUGGGGUGACUCUGAGAAAUA